AUGUCGACCUCGUACAAUGUUACGGUGGACUCUGCGAACACUGCUCGGAUAAUCUACACUCCAGAGAGCUCCUGGAUUCUAAACUACUACUACAAUACUUCUGCACAGGGGAUCUACGACGGGACGUUAACAUCGACAUCGAACGCGGCGAACGUGCAAUUCGACUUCGUCGGUACACGAGUGCUAGUUUUUGGUUCGGUCGGGAACGAGUCCAACCCCAGCACAUCGCCGUUCUCUAGCUACACGGUCGAUGGCACUCCGCUCGAUGAAUUUCAGGGCGUCUUGCCCCCGAACCAGACGCAGCAGAACGACGUCCAGUUCUUCGACAGCGGCAUGCUCUUAAAUGGCUCGCAUACGCUAACGAUCAAUGUCACCUGGGAAGUGACAUCGAGCAACACGUACAUGCUGGACUACAUUGUAUACAGCAUGCUGGAUCCUAACGCACCUGCAGUUGUAUCUUCCACCUCUGCUUCGGGUGCGACGAGCGCCGGUUCGACCUCGGUUUCUCCGAGCCCGACGUCAACAGAAUUAUUCAAAAACUCGUCGAUGUCAGUCGGUGCCAAGGCCGGGAGCGUCAUCGGCGGCCUUGCAGUGCUAGCAGUGCUGGUCAUCGCGUUAUGCUUCUGCUACAGACGGAAACGUGCCACGCGCGAUGAUGCGGACACCCUGCCGAGCCCCAUGCACUUUGACGACCCAUUCGGCCCCUGGAACAGCACCGACAAUGUCCCUGACGGUGCAAAAUACCGCAACGGGAUCCCAUACGGACCUGGAGCAGAGAUGGCUCAGGACGCGUCCUUCCUUAUCGCCGACCGCACCUCCCGCACCUCCCUCGUGGCGUGGCCGCCCUCUGCCGAGCUCUCGCUGCUUACCACGACGUCCCGCAGGUCCAUGCCCCGUCCCGACAGCCCGCUUACGCCAUAUGCGGCGCCCACCCCUUCCUCCCCGUCCACGUCCUCACUCGUGCGCCCACUUCCCACGCCCACAUCCAUCCGUUUCCCUGCCGUCGCGAGCUCUACUUUGCUCGCGCCAUCGGCGCUGACCUCCGGGACAGUGAUGACGACAUUGACAGCAGACGAUCCGUUCGCUAGCGACGCGUCUCUUCUCCCCUCGCCCGCCCGCAUCCCGCCACCCUCCCCAGAACUGCAUCGCGACUCAGGUAUACGCUUCGAGCCCGGCGUCGCGUGGCCGGCCAAGGCAAUCGAGGAGGUCGAGGCGGUCGAGGCGCCACCGGUGUAUACCAGAGCUUGA